GAAGCAAAGUAGCCUUUGUUCUUCAAAAUCAAACGCCAAUCCAAACGGAAGAAUCCUUGGCUGUGCUACAACUCGCCUGGAAGGCAGUAGCAAACAUAGAUUUACAUUUGCUCGUUUGCUUUGCUUAUCUCGUCGUGCUACACUUACCCGGAGAGACCUGAAAAUAAUGUCAAUCCGGGCGUGUUGCGGUGCCGACGGCGCCGGCAGAUUGUCGAACCUGAUGCGGUAUCAAAUGCAAAAAUGUCUGGGUCUGGAAACUUGUGAUGCUAAAAUGUGCAUGAUGAAAACACUUCCGAAUGCAGUCCGGCAUGACAACUUCCCGAAACGCUUUCUCAUAGGCAAUCCGCAUGAGAAACUGCGUUUUUGCAUGACAAAAGAGGCUGCGACUUUUGUUGGUUACGCAAUACAGAUUUUCUAGGUAUGGAAAGUUAGCAUUACAAGUUCCAACCUUCCAGACCCAGACACUUUUACAAUCCAUAUGCGGCCGUUGAACAAGGACGAAGCGCGGAAGGACAUUGUGCGAGACCGCACGUUAUCAAAUGUAAAAAUGUCUGGGUCUGGAAGAAUGAAUGUUUGUCAUGCUUGUCUGGCAUGACUCUUAAAUCUGUCAUGCACAUUGCCCAAGAGACGUUUUUUUCUGUCAUGCGGAGACGCAGUUUGUCAUGCAGAAUAGGCAACACCUACAAGCUCAGAUAUUUGUCAUGCUGAGCCAGCACUUGUGGCCUCCUUAUGCUACGCCACUCAGCAUCACAAGUUUCCAGACCCAGACAUUUUUACAUUUGAUGCACGUUCACGCAGAAUCUGGAAUUUCUGAAGCGUGUUCCGUUGUUUGCCCGGCUGCCGGCGAGCGAAUUGCCACGGUUGGUGUCUGCCCUGACGCAGCGGGAAUACCCGGCGUCCAGCGAUCCCGACUGCCGCCAGACCAUCAUUACGGAGGGCACCACCGGCGAUGAAUUUUUCCUGAUCCGCCGCGGAGAGGCCGAGGUGAUGAAGAAUGGCCUGCACGUCGCCACGCUGAAGGGGGGCGACUACUUCGGCGAGGCCUCUCUGCAGAGCGAUUCCACCGGACACAUCCGGAACGCAACUGUGAGGACCAGCGGAACUGCGUUGUCCUUGCUGUCCAUCACGCGCAGCACCUUCCAGGCCCUGGGAUUGGACCGAGCCGUCCACCUGCCCCGCCGCCAGGCCGUGGUCGGUGAGGAUCUGGAGGAAGGUGUGUCGGAAACUUCCGUGGUGGGAAAUCAGGUACAGCAAGUGCUAGCAGGAGACUUCGAGCAACCACCACUCAGGUCAGUGAAAGUGACUCUGGCGCUAAUAAUUCUGGUGCAAAAGAGUAGUUGAAAGAAAUCUCCUGCAUCUACUCCGCAUUCAUGAUCAAAAAAAAACCCGCGACCAGGUGAACAAGAUCUUCGCUUCGGAGACUGAGCAAGCCGCGAUCGUGCAGGGAAUCGAGCGAAACGAGGCUCUGAUGGGGAUUGUGACGCGUUCGCAGGUGGAAUCCCUGGCCCAGGUGGCGUACAAGAUGGGCGACGUACAGAAGGGCACGGUCGUCAUUCAAGAGAAGGACUUUACGAAUGCAAACAAGUUCUUCGUGGUGGAAAAGGGUGAAUUCCUUUGCUACAAGAAGGUCACCAGCGAGCUGUGUGAGGGCGACCUCCAAGAGCAGGUUUCCAGUCGUGGGCAGGGAAAGAGUGACGUAGAGGUCGACGAAUUGACCACCUACCGCGCCCUGGACUCCUUUGGGGAGCGAUCACUCAUGUACAACGAGCCCCGAGCCGCCACCGUCGAGUGCCUCAGCGACGACUCGGCACUUUGGGUGAUCGACCGGCGCUAUCAAAUGCAAAAAUGUCUGGGUCUGGAAGAAUGCAAGACUUGUCAUGCACAUUUUCGAUGAUCCAUGUCGUUUGGAAUGCAGGUAGGACCUAGCAUGACAGAUUCUGUGAGAUCCCUAUCAUGCCUAUCCUGCAUGAGAAACUUCCUCUCAACUUGGUCAAAAGUAGACAACUUUGGGCAUUCAUGCAACACUGAUUUUUGCACGAUCCAGAAUUAGCAUUACAAGUUGCAUCCUUCCAGAGCCAGACAUUUUUGCUAUGCAUAGGCACGACUUUCGCCGGGUGUUGCGGGAAAAGGUAAGGCACAAACUGAGGCAGUACGUCUCUGUCCUGGAGAAAGUCGACGUGCUCCACACCUUGCUGCAGGAAGAAAAAGAGGCAUUGUCCGAGUGCCUCACGGAGUUGCACUUUCAGAAGGUACUUAUCUCUUUUGAUUUCAAUGGAUCUGUCGCCUGUCCUCGCGGCGAAAGCGAAACCCGAUGAACAGCGUAGGUACAAAUCAAUGAGUUCCUCAGCCUUCUUUUUAUGGUGCUCAACUCUCUCAGAGCGUAGUGAGAAGCAGGGGAUAGAUUUAGAUAUUUAUCACCUCCGUGCGCAAAUAAAAUAUUAAACAGGGCCAAGACGUGUUGGUGCAGGGCACCGCGGGAGAAGCGCUCUUCAUCCUCUACCAGGGGGACGUCGUGAUCCGCACCAAUGCGCAGGGACGCGUUAAAGUUCUGUCCGCGACCCAAGAGAACUGUCCGUACUUUGGCGAGCAAGCACUGAUCAAGGACGACGUGCGCAACGCGACGGUCACGGUGGACUCCGCCACUGCGGUGAUUCUCUCCAUCGAUCGCACCACCUUCGAGAACCUGCUGGGGCCCCUGAAGUUCGAUUAGCUUUUUUGCCCAGCUUCAUCUAGCUUCAACUCUCGACUUCUCUUCGUUGGUUUUCGUAGAAUUCUGUUGAAACAGUUUCAGGUUGUGCGGAAUCUUAUUUCUGCAACAAACUACAUACAAUUACAAAGGCUUGCAUCAUCUAUCGCAUUUUUCACAGAGAGCUGAUGCGGAACAAGGAGGCCGAAGCGCGACCGAGUUUUUUGCGCAACCCAGCCCAGUGGCGGCCAAGUGUCACUCACCCGCUGGCUCCGGUUCCCUCCAGUGCAAAUAAAGUGUCAGGCGUCGCCAAACCGUUGUUCAAAAAUCUCAAGUUGCUCGGCGUGCUUGGCUGCGGAGGGUUUGGCUCUGUGACACUUCAGCAGGAUGCAACCACCCGGGGAAAGAAAAAGGCGUUCUACGCGAUGAAAAAACUCUCCAAGGGCUACAUCGUGCAGCAGCGCCUGCAGCGGCAAAUCUGCAGCGAGCGCUUAAUCUUGUCCAUGACCGAUAGCCAGUUCAUCGUGCGGUUCUUCGGUACGUACAACAUUCGGGACUGCCUCUACUUCCUCCUCGAAGCGUGCUUAGGGGGCGAGGUAUAGCAGUGUCUUCGCAUCCUUCUCCUGUAGAGUUUUACACAGUCGAGGACGACAAUCAAUCAUAAAGAUUCGUGUGAAAACCUAGCGCAAAUUGUCUCAUCUUAAAGCGUGUGCUCAACCUUGGUGGUAUUCAUUCUCUCUUUCAUGUUGCAGAGUUUCCAUACCUUUAGAAAGUACAUCCUCUCACAUCAGCUCUUUGCGGUCUACAACACGAAGAAUUUUUACGGGUCCACCGAUCACGCGAAGUUUUACGUCGCCUGCGUGGUGAAGGCCUUUCACCACCUGCACGAGCGGAAGAUUAUCUAUCGCGACCUGAAACCGGAGAACUUGCUGCUGGACAAGGACGGCUGGCUCAAGGUCACCGACAUGGGGCUCGCAAAAUUCACGUUAGGGCGCACCUACACUACCUGUGGCACGCCGGACUACUUCGCCCCCGAAUUGGUAUUUUUUACUAUUUUCUGGACGGCGGUCGUGAUGCUGGUAGUGGUGUCGGAUCGCAAUAAUUUUGUUGAAAAUGUAAUCAGGCGUUGAUGUUUCCUGCAUGACGGUAUGUAAAGCAAUAUGCUGGUUGUUGUAACGAGAAAGAUGAAGGAGCUAGAAUGUAAAUUGCGAUUACCGGCCCCCUCAACAACAACGAUAUAACUUUUGAGGUGUACGCCGCGGGCCACACGGUUUCGGUGGACUGGUGGACGUUGGGCAUUUUGCUGUACGAGUUGAUGGCGGGUCAUCCGCCGUUUGACGGGCAGCCGGCGCUGCGGUACAAGAAGAUUUUGCGUGGCAUCGAGCACGCGAAGUUUCCGGACCACGCGUUUGCCGCCCCCUCGGCGCAAUCGGACAAGCCCCUGGCGAAGGACCUGAUCUUGAAGCUCUGCGCCGCGGACCCGGCGGACCGGUUGCCCAUGCUGCCGGGCGGUGUCGCAAAGAACCUGGAGGCGCACCGGUUCUUCGAGCAAGAGAAGUGGGAGAAGCUGGAGAGCCGCACCCUCAAAACGCCCUACGUACCGAAGUUCGCGUCCAAAUCCAAUCCGAAGUAUCCAGAGAAAAUUUUCCUACCACCCGUUUCUUUUCCUGCAUGAAAUAGCUGCUGCCCAACAGACUGAUGAGGAACACUGUAUUGAUGUUCACAGGAGCAGAUAUCAGAGCGUAGGGAUCAUGCGAAAGUAAACUACUUACUUAAUUAAUCCGAUUGUUGUUCCUCGCAUAUGCAUUUUUGACACACGCGGCAAGGGAAAAAGUUUUCGAAAGGAUACCAUCCCAUUGGAGCACUUCAGCCACAUGGAUGCGUCACGAGUGACCGUGCCCUCCAUCCCCUACGUGGACCCGCAGAAUGGUUGGGACCGCGACUUUUUCUAG